AUCCCGCAGCAUCCGCGUCGCGCGCCAAGGGCCAGCAGCGCAUCUCCUUCACAGCGUCCGCAUCUCGCGCGAGGAGGACCAGUAGCGCAUCCUCAUCCCAGCGUCCAUUCCACAGUUGCCCAUCGAUGCCUGCACACCGAAGCAUCGGGCGUGUUUGACGUUAACGUUGUUUUCUUCCUCUCGUGUUCCCGGAUUGGAUUGUUCUGCGUCUUUACUCGAUUCGUGGAGAUAUUAUCCGCCUGGAUCCGGUCACACACGGAGGGCUUUGACCAAAUACCAUCCGCGCAUCACCGCAGUGCGAUUGUUUUUCCCCACUGAGCGAAACACAAACAUCUGGCACCGCUGGCCACACGCAGACACGGAGCGGCGAGCGCUGAAGACCCCGGCAGCCAAUCGUAGAGAGCCGUCUCCGUCCCGCCCAGAGCUGCAGAUGCCUGAGACCUCCGGCAGCCUGUAGCCCGGGUCCCCCUGUCCCCCAGAACCAUUGAGGCGCCGACCCCCCCGGGACCCCCCCCCGCCAGACACCCACCCCUCCCGGAGCGGCUGAACCCCCCCCCCCCACCCGGACGGACGCCCCAGCCCCCCCCACCCACCGGCAGUCACCAUGGGAACCGUGCUGUCCCUUUCGCCCAGCUACCGCAAGGCCGCCCUCUUCGAGGAUGGGCCGGCCACGGUGGGCCACUACACGGCCGUGCAGAACAGCAAGAACGCCAAGGACAAGAACCUCAAGCGCCACUCGCUCAUCAACGUGCUGCCAUGGAAACGCAUCGUGGCGGUGUCCGCCAAGAAGAAGAGCUCCAAGAAGGUGCAGCCCAACGGCUACCAGAACAACGUCACACACCUCAACAACGAGAACCUGAAGAAGUCCCAGUCCUGCGCCAACCUGUCCACCUUCGCCCAGGACGGGACCCCGCCGCCGCCGCCGCCGCCGCCCGCCAAGGGCUCCGCCGUCCCCCCGGUGUCCUCCGUCAAGAAGGCCCCGCUGGGCAACUCCACCAACGCGGCCGCCGCCGCCGCCCCCGGGACCCCCAAGCGGGUGAUCGUGCAGGCCUCCACCAGCGAGCUGCUCCGCUGCCUGGGCGAGUUCCUGUGCCGGCGCUGCUACCGCCUGAAGCACCUGUCCCCCACCGACCCGGUGCUGUGGCUGCGCUCCGUGGACCGCUCGCUGCUGCUGCAGGGCUGGCAGGACCAGGGCUUCGUCACGCCCGCCAACGUGGUGUUCGUGUACAUGCUGUGCCGCGACGCGGUGCCGUCCGACGUGGCGUCGGAGCACGAGCUGCAGGCCUCGCUGCUCACCUGCCUCUACCUGUCCUACUCCUACAUGGGCAACGAGAUCUCCUACCCGCUCAAGCCCUUCCUGGUGGAGACCUCCAAGGAGGCCUUCUGGGACCGCUGCCUGUCCAUCAUCGACCUGAUGAGCGGCAAGAUGCUACAGAUCAACGCCGACCCGCACUACUUCACCCAGGUGUUCGCCGACCUCAAGAACGAGAGCCAGAAGGAUGAGGAGCGCAGCCGCCUUCUGAUUGGCCUGGAUCGGUGAGGGGGAGGCGCGCGGGCGGCCGGGGGGGGGGGGGGGGGGGGGGGGCGGGGGGCGGGGCAAAGCUGAAUUCUGGUCUGGCAUUUCUGACCGUCUCACUCCUUGUGUUUUAUUGGUACCGGUUGUGGCACAGGAUGUUGUAGUUGUAUUUGACAUCGACAUGUGGUUUGUUUUAUAAGGCUUCUUGCUUGGUUGAGGAGGCUUAGAGGGGGGGGGGGAGUCUUGAGAUGAGAUUAGUAAUCAGGAAUAAAUCUCUGAAUGUUUCAUUGGGUUGCAACCAAGUGCGUUUCACCGCUGUCUGAAUUCGAAGGCAUCAGGAUUUCCAUGGAUCAAAACGCCACCAAACCAUCUCUUUUUUUCCACCAAUAAGAUGUUAAUAUGAUAAUUCAUAUUUCUAGACAAACCACGGGUAGAGACACCUCUUUCUUCAAAUGCCAGACUCGGGUACAUCCUUUGCUACCACAAAUCUAUAAAUAUAUAUAAAUAUAUAUAUCUAUAAUAAAUAUUGAAAAACCCCUAAAAACAAGACAAAGACAAAAAAAAAAAGAGAUUAGGACGAAGCGGAAUGAUGAAUCUACAGCAAUGAAUGUGGAGCGACAGGGGCUGACUUCCUGUCUGAGGAGGGGGAUGUGCGCUGACUUCCUGUCUGAGGAGGGGGGACCGUGCGCUGGCUGUACCACCGCGGGGGGGAGAGGAGACCAUCUCGCGUGGCCCACUUUCCUUCACGCAUCACUGCUGAGCAGGCUCCACGGCGGACAACCACCCUGGCUCUUUGAAACGCCAGCACCCACCCACCCACCCCACCCCACCCCACCCACCCCCCCCCGUCCACUGAACGAGACCGGACCUCUCUGCGGGGCGCAUCGCCGACCAGCCAGGGGGGGCCGGCGGGUGGGAGACCCCACGGCCGGACGGGCACCGCGUUGAUCUGAGUGUGUCUGUGUCAGUGUGAGAGUCGGGGCAGGGGGGGCCCGUGGGUGGACAGCUGGAUGUAAGAGCCGGCACUGUAUUAUAGGACCUUUUACCAGUAUAGGACGACCCUGAGUUGAGGACUGGUUACUCGCUAUGGCCGCGUGGGACCGACCUCGUUUUCCUCACAGAAAAAAAAUGAAAAGUAAGCCAACAAUUUAAUGGAUGUUCUCUUUCCUCUCCAUCUCCCCUAAACUAUGGAUGCUUAUUUAUUGAUUUUCUGGAAAGAAAAUUGUCCUCUCUUUUUUUAUUUUAUUACUUAAUAACUUAAUCUAAUGCACGUGUGCCAUGCAAUUUUACAGUUUUAGAAGGGCAGGAGCAAUGCUUUAUUUAUUUGUUUGGACUUGAUUUUUAAGUGCAUCUGGCGUUAGAGAUGCUGUGAACAAGGUGGGGCUAGUUGAUUUAGCUAUGCUUGCUAAAAUAGGCUAUUUGUUUACAGAGAAAUCUUUUGUACUUUGUCUAAAAGUUGUGUUAAAAAAAAAAGAGCAAACACUUUGGAAUGAAGGUUCAUCUUUGUGUUUAUGAUUUCUUCAGCUUAGUAAAUGUUACUACAGUGC